CGCAUGCGCCACAUCCCGACUACUAUCAAACAGGUGUAACAGAAGUCACAUGGGUUUUUAAGGGUGUUUUGACGUUUGUGGUGACAUACGAACAAGAUUUCUUCAUCAUUAACGGGAGAAAUACUCUGGAGAACCUGGGGAGUAAUUUAUGUUGGCUUUUGAAAUAGUCGUGCUGAGAGACCAAAAUGUUUCAGAAUACGGACUUUCACUCGGCGGGAAAGGUGUAGUGCUUUUAACUUUACAGGAAUAAAGAAAUAAAUCGAUUGAAUGAAAAAGGAGAUAAUAGAAAAGAAGCGCAGCUGGAGAUAAGAUAACUGGUGGUGGCAGCAGUUGUGGUGGUGGUGACGGUGUGCACGGUAAUGGCGGACCCUGCUGGACGGGCGGGCGGCCAGGGCUAUGGAGGAAGCGGCGGCGGCGGUGGUGGUGGUGGGGGCGGCGGCGGAGGCGGUGGGGGUGGAGGAUCAUUCGCCCCCGCCAGCUACACCUUCCAGUACGACGUGAACGACGGCACCUCAGGGAACUUCUUUGGCCACCAGGAACAGCGGGAGGGAGUGAACACCCAGGGCGCCUAUUACGUCCAGCUGCCGGACUCUCGCACGCUGAGGGUGGAGUACACGGCUGACGAGGGCGGCUACCGACCUGUCAUUACCUUCGAAGGCGAGGCGCAGUUCCCUACAGGAUCCCAGGGUGGUGGUGGUGGCGGUGGUACGGGUCGGCCUCAGGGAUCGUACGGGGCACCUCCCACCCCCUCCCAGUCCUACAUCAAGAGGAAGUAGAAAACAACACUGCACGUGAAGUUAAGCAGUCGUCCCUUAAUUGUUAUGAUAUAUACCUACGUACUUUGCACUGUUUGUUGUCAUAACCGAUCUUGUUUAUGCAAUUCUUACUGUUGGUAAAUAAAGGUUUGUUGGUCAA